AUGAAUGUCUACGCUCGAUUAUACGUUUUGCUCAUGUCCCUAGCUGGACCGACCUCGGCAGCCCUCAACUGCCGGCCGGAGGGACGGGUUCUACCCAAACCGAACCUCAGCGACUCGCCCAUAGUAAAAUCAGCGGGGGCAAGCCUCGCAAAGACGCUGAACGAUGCUGUCAGGGGCGUCGUAAAAGCAGGGUGGCCCGUUGAGAAUGUUUCGUUUUCUCUGGCCGUUGUGUCCACGGACCAGAAGAGCGCCGGCGUCCCCGUCUGGGAGUAUCACCACCGGGCUGAGAAGAAUAAUCGUGGUACGAAAAACGUCACCCGUGACUCGCAGUACCUCAUUGGUUCUGUGAGCAAGGUCAUCUCUGACUACAUCCUCCUCAAGGCUGGGGUCGACCUCGAUCGGCCUGUUACCGACUUUAUUCCAGAACUGAACAGCUCCAGGUCCAAGACUCAUUGGAAACAUGUCACAUUGCGCAUGCUUGGCUCACAGCUGAGCGGUGCACCUACGAACAACGGAUUCUCAGAGUAUUACUAUCUGAGAGAACGCUUUGUUCAGUCCGGAUUCCCGCCACUCAAGGACUCGGAUUACCCAUCAUGCGGUGUUAUCGGUCUUAACAAAGGCUGCUCUGUGAAUGAGCUCCUCGACGGCAUGACGUCCCAAUAUCCGGUCACGGCGCCCAUGGAGCGCCCAGCUUACUCAAACGUGGCCUUUGCAAUUUUUGUCCUGGCACUCCAGGAAGCCAUUGGGAAGAACUACACCGACCUGGUGGCCGACAUUGUGACCAAGCCGCUUGGCAUGCGGAAUACUCUUCCCUCCCCCGGAGACGAUGACCAGGCUGUGAUUCCCCCGGGAGAUAGCUCCUGGGGUGUGGACUACGCAUACAAUGCUCCUGGAGGCGGCUUGGUGUCGUCGGUGGCCGACCUCUCCAGGUUCACCUACGCCCUCCUCACACGAACCCUCGAUCCUACACCGUCACAAACAAGGCAAUGGUUGAAGCCGGCGGACUGGACCGGAGCAUACAGUGCAGUCGGUAUGCCCUGGGAGUUCUUUCGGCCUCUCAAUCUCACGCCGGCGCACCCACACCCAGUCGUCGUGGCCGGCAAAGGUGGCGCCGCGCAACUCUACAGCAGUCAACUGAAUGUAGUAGACGAGUAUGGCAUGGGGCUCAUUAUGCUGUCUGCAGGCAAUACAGGGGCCUCCACGGUCCUCUCUGACGCACUUCUCGCCAUCUUCGUGCCAGCGGCAGACGAGGCCUCAAGGGACCAGGCUGAGAAGCAAUACGCCCGCACUUUCAAGUCUGACGGGACCAUACCACAAAGCAAGGCCGUGAAAGCGGCUUUUCUGCUGGACGAUGAUUCCCUCGUCGUUUCCGAAAUUCGCCAUGGCGGGAAAGACAUAGUAGCUGGCAUCAAGAAGAUCUGGGGAUUGGCCGUGGGGCAAUAUGCGGCGGCUUUCGGCUCUACAAUGCGACUGUUCCCCACGGACCUGUCGCAAACAGCUCAGAUGGACGGCAACAACGUCACUGCUGAGGUUUGGCGUAUGUGGCCCGAGUUUGGCGAGCCCAUUCCGUCUGAUAUGCCUGGUUUCAACUUGGGCUACGAAAACUGUUUGCAGUGGACUCUUGGGGAUUGGAUACAUUACGGGAAAGAGCCUCUUGACAGGGUCGUCUUCUACAAGGACUCUCGUCAGGAUGUUGUUGGUUUUGAGAUGCCCUUUCUUCGAUCGGGAAUCCUGAGACCCAGGUACUUCCGACAAACGCAACUUGGAGCUCGCACACCAUCACACAACACAACAUCCGCGGCUACACAUUGGCAUCCAGGCUUCAUGGCGGGCGGGCGGAAAGCCAAGCCUACACUUCCCGCGCGGCCCACGAACACGCUCAUCGUAGACAACGGCGCGUACACGUUCAAGGCCGGCAUCGUAGCCAACGGGCACGUCAGUGAGCCCAGAGUCGUCCCCAACUGCAUCGCGCGCGACCGAUCACGAAAGGUCUACCUUGGAUCCGAAAUCGCCAAGUGCCGCGACUUUGGCGAGCUGCAGUUUCGACGGCCGGUCGAGAGAGGCUUCAUCGUGAACUGGGAGGCCCAAAAGGAGAUUUGGGACCAGGAGAUAUUCGACAAUGCUGCAACCAAGUGCGAUCCCGCCGAGACUCGUCUAAUCCUCUCAGAGCCCCCCAACGGACUGCCAGCGUUGCAGACGAAUUGCGACCAGGUCGUCUUCGAGGAGUACGGAUUCGCUAGCUACUACCGAGGAAUUAACUCGACCUUCAAUGCUUACCACGACGUGCAAAACCUUUUCCGGACGCCAAAGGAGACCCCGACGGCAGCAAACGUCCCCGCCGAAGUCAUGUUGGUGGUGGACUCCGGAUACUCCCAUACGACCGUCUCGCCCUUGCUCCGCGGGCAGCCGCUGCACUCGGCAGUUCGACGACUCGACGUUGGCGGCAAGCUUCUCACCAACUACCUGGCUCGUCUCCUAUCCCUCCGGCAUUUCGACAUGCGCAACGAGACGUGCAUCGUCAACGAAAUGAAGGAGGCGGCAUGCUACGUGACGCUAGACUUCAAGUCGGACCUGGAGAAGACGUGGAAGGGCACGAGGGGCGAGAAACGACCGUCGUACGUGUCCGGGGCUGGCAUCGUCAAAGACUACGUCUUGCCGGAUUUUCACACCCGCACUAGGGGGUCGAUGCGCGACUACGAUCCCACGAGGCAUACAAGGGCGAGAAAACUGGCCGCGGCCGGCCAGACGGAUGAAGAUGUCUUGACGCUGCGAAACGAGCGGUUUGCCGUACCGGAGCUCAUAUUCAAUCCGUUAGAUAUGGGCAUGCGUCAACCAGGGCUGGCGGACUUGAUCCAGCAAUCCAUACAACAACUUCCCCUGGGAUUGUGGCCCGGUCUGCUGGCAAAUAUUGUUGUUGUGGGGGGCAAUACCUUGUUUGAUGGCUUCAUCCAGCGUCUUCAGAAGGAGGUCGUGCAGCGAGUACCGGAUGACUGUGUCGUGCGCGUUGCAAGACCUGCCGAUCCCAUUACCAGCACUUGGUUUGGGGCUGCCAAUCUGGCCAGCCAUCCAAACAUUGAGAAGCUUGUCGUCACAAAGAAGGAAUACGAGGAACUUGGCUCAUCUUUGGUGGCACGUAAAUUUGCCGCUGGCCUCAACUUCACCUGA